AUAGUGUACAGUGCAAUUCUCUGCAACAUGUCAAAAAUUAAAAUUACAGGAUUAACCGUAAGCGACGUGAGAUUUCCUACAUCCCAGGAGCACCAUGGCUCAGACGCAAUGCACACUGACCCGGACUACUCUGCGGCUUAUGUUGUCUUAGAGACGGACGCUGCACUCAAGGGUUACGGGCUAACGUUUACGGUUGGAAGAGGAACGGAGAUUGUGGUGUGUGCAGUGGAGGCGUUGUCAGGGCUUGUGAUUGGUAAGACUUUGGAGGAGAUUGUGAAUGACUUUCGGGGUUUCUAUCGAAUCCUAACCAGUGACGGUCAAAUGAGAUGGAUUGGACCCGAGAAAGGUGUCAUUCACCUGGCCACUGCAGCAGUGCUCAAUGCUGUCUGGGACCUGUGGGCAAGGGCUGAAGGCAAGCCUCUGUGGAAGCUGCUUGUGGAUAUGGACCCUGACCUCCUGAUCAAAUGCAUUGAUUUCCGCUACAUCAGUGAUGCUCUGACUGAGAGGGAAGCAUUAGACAUAUUGAUGAAAGCCAGGGAGGGAAAGCAGCAGAGAGAGGAGCAGAUGCUGAAGGACGGUUACCCAGCCUAUACCACCUCCUGUGCCUGGCUUGGCUACUCCGACCAGCAGCUCACCCAGCUGUGCUCUACGGCAUUGGCUGAAGGAUGGACGCGAUUUAAAGUGAAAGUUGGGGCGGACCUAGAAGACGACAUCCGCAGAUGCCGUCUCAUCAGGCAGAUGAUUGGACCAGACAAAACGCUGAUGAUCGAUGCCAACCAGCGGUGGGAUGUCAGUGAGGCUGUUGCCUGGGUAACCAAACUUGCAGAGUUCCGGCCAUUGUGGAUUGAAGAACCUACCUCCCCUGACGACAUCCUCGGACAUGCUACCAUCUCCAAAGCAUUGGCUCCUCUGGAUAUAGGCGUGGCCACAGGAGAGCAGUGCCAUAACAGGGUGAUGUUUAAGCAGUUUCUCCAGGCCUCUGCUCUCCAGUUUGUUCAGAUUGACAGCUGUAGGGUGGGAAGUGUUAACGAAAACCUUGCUAUUCUGCUCAUGGCCUGCAAGUUCAAUGUUCCUGUGUGCCCUCAUGCCGGGGGAGUUGGACUGUGUGAAUUGGUUCAGCACCUCAUUCUGUUUGAUUACAUCUCAGUGUCCGGCAGUUUACAAAACAGAAUGUGUGAGUAUGUGGACCACCUCCACGAGCACUUCAGGAGUCCGACAGUCAUCAGACAAGCUUGUUACAUCCCCCCAAAGGAUCCUGGCUUCUCCUGUGAGAUGUUGGAAGAGUCUGUGCAGAAAUACCAGUUUCCUAAUGGGGAGGUGUGGAAGACAACACUACUGCAGAAAGGACAGUGAAAACAUAAAUACACACACACAUACACAGUGUUCUCCUUAAGCUGGCAGAAAAAGCAGAGAAAAAAGGGAAAACACACACAAACAUUCUAACUGCCUCUCAUAAAACAUCUUUAACACUGCUAAUCAUUGCUAAAAUUACCUUGUUGUUCCAGAGAGUAAAGAAAUGCGAAAUGUCCAUCACAAAAAGGACAUGCCUCUCUAUAGGAGCUUGUAAUCUUUUUUUAAAUAAAUCCCAGCAAUUUGAAAAUGUUGACUGGAUCUUUUGAUAUUCCAUCCUGCAA